AUGAAGCAGCUGGUGUGGCUGGAUGACUUCACGGCAGGAAACCAAAGUGCACUGAAUUUCACUCCUGAUGCUGCUGAUUCCAUUCCAGGAGAAAGACAACCUACAGAUAUAAACUGGGUAAAUAAAGUUAGGAAAGACUCUAACAGUAAUCAGAAUAGAAGUAAUUUACCAUUUCCUAGGCUGUCUUCUGAAAGAGCUACAGAUUAUGAAAGCUCUUCCACAAAGCAUCAUGGCUUUGGUAAUCCGGAAAGUCAGUAUGGGAAUUCUGAAGACUUCCACCAAUAUUUUGGUACCAGUAAAAGUUUGAAGAAUCGCAACUUGCAAAGCCAGAGGUGGCACAGAUCAAGAAAUGAUAGCACGUGUACUAGAAGUAAGAUAAAGCAAAGUACUGUUGAUGCUGCUGCAGGUCCAGGAAUUUCAGAUGCUGCAAUAGUACCUGGGAGAAGAGCACCUCCUAGAGGGUACAAUGACUUUCUCUCCUCUGAGAGUGACAGGGAGGUACCUAAUGCAGAUAGCAGAGGGGCGAAGCCAAAGAAAACACAUCUGAUGCAUGCACCUGGAAGAGGUGUCAGGGAGAAGGGAAAGCAAGUACAUGACCGGGAAAAGAGAGUGAGCACUAAACAGAAAGUAGAGCUGUUUGAAAAUGUUCCAUCUUUGGAUUUGACUCAGUCUGACUCUUCAGAAUCAUCUGUUGGAAAGGCAUUCUGUGAUGCUCCUGUUGGUAGUGGGGAUGAGCAGAAAGGCUACAAUUAUGUACACAAAAGAUAUCCCCGGAAGCCUGUGUGGAAUAAACCCCCGGUAGAAAAGGAGUGUCAGAAAAGACAUGAUUCUCACCGUAGUAAAAAUACAAAAGUAGGUAAGAAGUCUUCUCCUGCAUAUACUUCAAAAGAUAAGAAUGAGAGGAAGAAAGAACUCUCUGUGCACAAAAAUGAUGAAAACCUGACCAGUGAAAUCAGGCAUCAAUUGUCUGAUUCUGUCAGAUGUAAUGGAAGAAAGUUCCUGCUAAAGGGGGAUCAGGCACCUGCACUUCAUUUCAGCUGGACCCAGUACUGGAAAAAGCAAAGUGAUGUACCAAAAAACAAGGAAACUCAUACGGGGUCAUUGAUUGAACAGCUGACCACAGAGAAGUAUGAGUGCAUGGUAUGCUGUGAGGUGGUCCGAAUAGUAGCCCCAGUGUGGAGCUGUCAGAAUUGUUACCAUGUAUUCCACCUGAAUUGCAUUAAGAAGUGGGCACGAUCACCAGCUUCGCAAGCUGAAGAUGGUAAUAGUGGUUGGAGAUGUCCAGCUUGUCAGAAUGCUUCUACGCAAGUUCCUAAAACUUACACGUGUUUCUGUGGUAAGGUGCACAAUCCUGAAUGGAAUAGAAAUGAAAUCCCACAUAGCUGUGGGGAACUUUGUGGAAAGAAGAGACAGUGUUUGGACUGUCCACAUCUUUGUAACAUCCUGUGCCAUCCAGGACCUUGCCCUUCGUGCCCAGCCUUUGUGACAAAAACAUGUGAAUGUGGACAAACAAGUCAUUCAGUUCGCUGUGGCCAAUCAACAAAAAUUCAUUGUUCUAAUGUAUGUGGAAAUACUUUAAACUGUGGUAAGCACAGCUGUACUCAAGUGUGCCAUGCAGGAAAAUGUUCACCUUGCCAAUUAACAGCACAGCAAGUGUGUUACUGUGGAAGCAACUUUAAAGAAGUAUUGUGUGGGACAAAGGAAGAAUUCUCAGAUGGAUUUGGGAAUUUCUCAUGUCAGAAUAUAUGUGGCAAAAAAUUAAAUUGUGGGAGGCACAACUGUACGCAAGUAUGCCAUCCUCAACCUUGCCAGCUCUGUCCACGACUUCCACAAGUAGUGUAUCGCUGUCCCUGUGGUCAGACUCCUCUCAGCAAGUUACUGGAACUAGGAUGUGUUGAACGUAAAAUAUGCACAGACCCUAUCCCAUCGUGUGGAAAAACAUGUGGCAAACCCCUUUCUUGUGGUAGCUAUGAGUUCAUUCAUACAUGUGAAAGCCUUUGCCAUGAAGGAGACUGUAGACCAUGUUCUCACACAUCAAAUAUUUAUUGUAGGUGUGGCUUCAAAAAAAAGGAAGUCCCAUGUGCUCUCCUCAGAAAUAAAGCUGCUAUUACGUUCAUGUGUGACAAGCGAUGCAACAAGAAAAGAUCAUGUGGACGACACAAGUGUAAUGAAGUUUGCUGUGUGGACACAGAACAUAAGUGUUCUUUGGUUUGUGGUCGUAAACUCAACUGUGGGCUUCACAGAUGUGAAGAACCCUGUCAUCGGGGCAGUUGUCAGACGUGCUGGCAAACAAGUUUUGAUGAGUUAACUUGUUAUUGUGGUGAAUCUGUGAUUUACCCCCCUGUCCCCUGUGGCACUCAGCCACCAGAGUGUAAAAAAACAUGCACCAGGCCCCAUGACUGUGAUCAUCCAGUGUACCAUUCCUGUCAUAGCGAGGAGAAAUGUCCACCCUGUACCUAUCUCACUCAGAAAUGGUGUAUGGGCAAGCAUGAACUGCGAAGUAAUAUUCCUUGUCAUCUCACUGAUAUUUCCUGUGGACUUCGCUGCAAUCAAAUGUUAAAAUGUGGAAUGCACAAAUGUAAAAGAAUAUGUCAUAAAGGAGAAUGUCUUAUAGAUGAAGAGUGUAAACAGCCAUGUAUUAUUCCAAGGCUAUAUUGUAAUCAUCCCUGUAUGGCUCCAUGUCAUCCUUCUUCACCCUGCCCGACAACAUCCUGCUGUGCAAAGGUUGAUCUUCAAUGUGAAUGUGGAAGAAGAAAGGAGAGUAUGAUUUGCUCAGAAGCAUCUAAUACAUAUCAAAGAAUAGCUGCUAUAUCUAUAGCCACUAAGUUAACAGAUCUACAGCUUGGGGAUUCAGUGGAAAUCAGUAGGCUUAUUACGAAAAAAGAAAUGAAGCAGGCCAGGUUGCAAUGUGAUGAAGAAUGCUUAGCUCUUCAGAGGAACAGGCGUCUUGCUGAGGCUCUUGAAAUAGAUGAUAAUUCUGAUCCUUUUAACAUCCGUUCUUCUGGACCAAAGUACAGUGACCUUUUAAAAGAAGAUGCGAGGAAGGAUUUAAAAUUUGUCAGUGACAUUGAGAAGGAAAUGAGAAUGCUUGUGGAAGCUGUGAAUAAGGGCAAGCAUACAAAGAAGAGCCAUUGUUACCCACCAAUGAACAGAGAUCACCGCAGAAUCAUCCAUGAAUUAGCUCAGGUUUAUGGCAUUGAAAGUGUGAGCUAUGACAACGAACCAAAGCGUAAUGUUGUUAUCACUGCAGUGAAAGGGAAAUCUAUUUGUCCAAGCAAUACCUUAACUUCUGUGCUCGAUAAAGAAAUGCAGAGCAGGCCUCCACCUCCUAUUCCUCAUUACAAACAAACAGAUAAGAGUACUGGAAACAGUGGUUUAUCCAAACCAUUAAAAGAAGAGCCAGUAAUUGACUACUUUGAUGUCCAGGACUGAAGUGAUUGAUAGAGAAU